ACAAGAAUGUCACGGUUGACAUGAGCUUAGCCGAAUUAUUGGCUGUGCCUGAAGGGAGCGUGGCUGGAUUCAAGUAACAUGACACCACUAACGUUGUCCUCACCUCUCAGUCUUUAUCUUGCUUCUCAGCCCUCAGAGCCAUCAAAGCCACACAAAUUCAUCAGGAUGCUUUUUUAAAAGCCCGUCCAAAUGACAAGACUCAUUUCUGUUGCUGGUCAACAACAAAUGUAAUUACGGACUGUAGGGAAGGAAAAAGAUGAUCUCGUGGCUUCUUCUGCUGCCUCUGCUUUGUGGGAGUACAGAUGGAAACGCAAACGAUGUGUUGGAUUGUGGACCUCAGAAUCUGUCUCUAAACAGCAUUGGUCAGAUGCUCUUGUUAACAUGGGAAGAUGACCCUUCCUGCUCAGCCCUGAGCGACAUACUCAUCUAUAAGAUCAUUGUUUUCAUUGCAGACAAGCAAGAACAUAGUGAUGAAGUUGCUGUGAGACUUGACCAAAUAGGAUCGACUCAUUCCUGGAACUGGACAUCCCAUUUGCCAUUUGAAUGCGCGUCUCAUUCAGUUAGGCUGAGUUCCUCGUACGACAAUCGCACAAGCCCGUGGCAUCAAGAGAGGACUCUCCUCGGGAGCAGAAACACAACUAGAAAAGUUUACCCACAGGACCAAAUAUUUGAAGUCGGCAGCAGCGGCACUUUCUGCUGUGUUGUACCCGCCAUAGAAAGCAUCGAGCGUUUUUAUCUGACGGGCUACCACACAACUGACAUACACACAACCAGGAUCAGUAAUCAAAUGGUGGCUCUGACUGUCCACUUUAACAAGGAAUCGGACAAUCGCUCUGAUGUAAGAUGUCAAACCAACAAAACCUCUAAAUAUGGGGCCAGCAUUUUUGCAGAUUACCCACCAAGGGACAGAGAUUUUCAGUGCGAAACACAGAAUCUGGAAUCAGUUGAAUGUGUCUGGACUGCUCCCGAACAAAAAUCAUGGAAUCCAACUAAUUAUCAGCUACUUGGAAGGAACAAAUUAGGCAAUCACACUGCUUUGUCUUUCAACGAAUGUCAAUAUAAAUCGAACGGAAAAUGUUCACAAAAGAUGCAAAUGGAAGCUGCUGGUGAAACGCUCUUUACUUUAAUAAUACAAAAUAGGCUCGGAAAGGUGGAACUCCAAGACAAUUGUGACCUGACCAAAAGAGUAUACAUGUUUGCGCCAGAAAAAUUCUCAGUUUCAAAUGUCAACGCCAGAAACGUAAGCCUGCAUUGGAACUGGACGUUGCAGAAGUACAAUGAUCUCAACCUAACUUGCCAGUUAGAAGUUGGUGAUGGUGACGGAAAUACCAUCAUUGAAUACAGUGGAAUUGGCCUCAAAUCGGCAGUUUUGACAAACUUGAUACCAAACUGGAAAUAUAGUGUGAGAGUACGAUGUGGAACAGUUCAACAUUUCUGGAAAUGGGGAAAGUGGAGUGAUAAUACCAGCUUUGAAACAGAGGAUGAUGUUCCAGAUGCCCCUGAUGUGUGGUGGAUGCACAAGACGGAAAAUGAGACUGAGAUUAUUUGGAAGAUGCCGCUAAAAAGUCGGAAUCCAGAGCAGAUCGUAUUUGAAGUAGCCUGUGCAAGUACCAAAGAAAGAGAUAAACAAAACAAAUCAGAAGUGCUUCACAAAAACCGCUUCAUACUCAGUUUGGAUGCCAGAGAAGAGCACGUUGUCACAGUCACUGCCAGGAACAGUCUGGGCAGCUCGUCCCCGUCAACCAUCACCAUUCCAAACAUCAGUCCAGAGAAAACCACAGUAAAAACGUAUUUGAUUACUGGCAGCAACCGAGGCUUCAACCUGUCUUGGCCAAACAAUCCAAGAGCAAAAUGUGGCUACAUUGUCGACUGGCAUCCAACAGUGGGGGACGGCAACGUGGAGUGGCUGAAACUGCCUCUUGAUCAAACCAGCGUUCGCAUAACUUCAGAAAACAUCACAGAUGGAAAAAGAUACUCAUUGUCAAUAUACGCCUGUACCCAGGGAGCUCCACUGCUACUUAAGAAAUUGGAGGGCUAUUCCAGAGAGAAAAGAAUUGAAGGGACGCUGUUUAAGUCACUUAAAUUAGCACAAAAUGACUCGGAUGUGGAGAUAUCCUGGGAGCCCAUACCUCUGAAGGAGCAGACCGCAUUUGUCCAAGGCUACAUUCUGCGCUACCAUGACAACAAUGGUCAAAGUUUCAGUGUGAGCACAGAUAUACCUGAGGCCACCAGCCUGAGAGCAACAAACCUUAAGAACGGGUUCUACACGUUCACAUUGAUGGCCCGGACAGCUUUGGGAGAGUGCGGAAAAGUGACUGAAACUCUGAAUUUUCAGAAAGACAACCUGAUCAAGUCACUGUUGAUUUCUAUGGGGAUCUUUUUUUUUGCGUUGAUUUUCACCGCAAUCUUUUGUUUUGUAAGCUGGUUAUGGAUCAAGGAUAAAGUCUAUAAGCCAGUUCCAAAGCCAGUGUUGACGGGCAAGUGGCUGACCUCACCUGCUGUGCACAGUUGUCCUCCCCUUGACAUUGACCAGAGUUAUUGCACUGAAGAAAAAAUGGAUAUUCCACAGCUACUAUGUAAAUUAGAACCUGAUGAUAUCAGCCAGAAGGCGUUUGCCUCACCACCCGUCGACACACCCGCAACUUUGACUUUACCAUUCUCUCCAUUCAGAGGUACAUUUGCUAACCCUACUUAUAACCUGAUGAUGCAGAGACAGGGUCAGCGUUCCAGCUCAGAAUCUGAUCUUCAAGAGAGAACACUCCCGAUUAUCAAUAUAGGCGAAUAUCGGCCUCAGAAUCAGUUGGAUGUCUUUCGUCAAAAACAGAUAGAUGACGAAACCAGUAGUUCAAUCACAUGUGUGUCCACUUACAUCAUGUUACCAAAGUGAACACCACAUAGUUGUUCUGUGACUGUCUCAAAUGUGAACGCACUCAAGCAUCACGGCUGCCUUUUAAGCAUAGCUCAUACUUUACAGAAAAAUUCGAAGCUUCCAAAUAGAUGUUCUAUUUUUGACAUUAUGUACUUUUGUCAGUUCCCUGCGUGCCAUUUAGCAAACAGAAAAAAAGUCAUUGAACCUAGUCAUUGACUAGUUGGGACCAAUAGUUGAAUAGAUAGAGGUUUGCAAAGUUGAGAGGCCACAGGGGACCAGUGUCUUUUGCUCAUUUACGCUCUGUAAUUGAUGUUUGUUUGUCAUUAUUGACGUUCGUCUGUCAUGUAAAACUCUAACUGAAAUUCUGUUGGUAACAAUGUGAGAGGAAAUACAGUACUAAAACAACUACUCUGAUACGUGGGAGUGUCGGAGUGAUGCAACAUGGAACGCCUUGAGAUAUUGGAGAAAAAAUCAAACAGACAAUGUUUUGACAUCCUGAAUGUCUGUGGUCAGUAGUGGACAGUAGGGGGAGCCAGCAUGUCAUUCUAGAAUUAGGAUUCAGAACCUGUGAGCGGGCGGCACGGUGGUGUGCUGGUUAGCAAUGUCGCCUCCCAGCAAGAGGGUUCUGGGUUCGAAUCCCGGGGGAACCAGGACCUUUCUGGGUGGAGUUUGAAUGUUCUCCCUGUGUCUGCGUGGGUUCUCUCCGGGUUCUCCAGCUUCCUCCCACAGUCCAAAAACCUGCAUGUUAGGUGGAUUGGAGAUUGGGGAAAUUGCCCUUAGGAGUGAAUGACUGGCGGACUGUCCAGGAUGACCCUGCCUCUUGCCCGUUGACCACUGGGAUAGGCUCCAG